UUUUUUGGUUGUUACUGUACAGCAGAUUAAGAGUUUAGUCAGGCAGGCUACAGGCUAGACUUCACAAAACAAACACGGCAGGGAUAGAAUAACCGUGAUCCGCCUCGGUUUCCCAACUGAGUUGUGAUGUCAGCCUGGAGGGAAAAAAAAAGGGGGGCCCAUUGAGAUCCCCUCUCUUUCUGCUGAGGAUGUGAGAGGCUGUGUCUGCCUCUGCACCACCCCCUUCAUUUGCCCACAAUCAACAGGAAGACUGGAGGCUGGAGAGAGCAGCCACUUUCUGCAGGAGAGGAAGGACUUCAAGGUCCAACUGUACUUUAAGAACAAAAGAAGGGAAAGAAUCAAGGCAAAGGAAUGAGCAAGAAUCAGAAAGAAGUGAAGAAAAUCCAGUCAGCUUAUCUGCAGAACUUGGAGAAACUGAACCAGGGGAUAAAGCCAGAGAAGAAAAGUUGGAAGCCAAAGGAGGGAGAGUUUAUUGUGCAGGCAGCAAUGGAAAAGCUGCGACAACCUCCCAUAGCUGGAAAAGUCACCAAAAGCUCAGCUCAAAGAAUCAGCAGAGAUCUGACCUGCUCCAUCUGCCUGGAUCUCUUUAAGCAGCCUGUGUCUCUUCCCUGUGAUCACACCUUUUGUCAGGGCUGCAUCGAAGGCUACUGGUCGGGUCCCAGGGGCCCCGGGCAAGGGGGCACAGGCUCCUGCCCUCAGUGCAGGAAGGUAUACCCGGGGCAGAGCUACAGGCCAAACCGCAUCGUGGCAAACAUCGUGGAGAGCUACUGUCAGGGUCUGGAGGAGAGCGGGGGCGCAGCAUGCCUGCCAGAUGUAGGGGUGCCGGAGAGGGUACCUACGCCCCCAGUACCCCGCUGCAGCAGACACAGAGAGGAGCUAAAGCUGUACUGUGAGGAGGACCAGGAGCUGGUGUGUCUGGUGUGUGGUCUUUCUCAGGAGCACAGGAAUCACACCAUGGUUUGUGUGCAGGAGGCCGAACAGAAAUACAGAGCGUCUCUGAACAGCUCCAUGGACUCCCUCAAAGCUGAGCUCAACACAGCACUGCAGUGUGACAGAGAAGCCGAGGAAGAGGUUAGAAAGCUGAAGGAGCAUACGGCUGACCUGAAGCAGCGCAUCGAGGCCCAGUUCAGUGACCUGCACCAGUUCCUGUACCAGGAGGAGAAGCUGCUGCAGGUGAAGCUGAAAACAGAGGAGCGCCGGGAGCUGAUCCGCCUGGACGAACACAAGGCCCUGCUGUGCGUGGAGAUCUCCCGUCUGCAGAGGGCCGUGCAGGAGAUCGAGGAAAAGCUCAAGGAGCAGGACCCUUUCUCUCUGCUGCGGAGCAUCAAAGUCCUGCUCCAGAGGCCUUCCUUGAAGUUUGAGAAACCAGCAUUUAUGCCUCCAAGUCUGUGUGAGGGUCGGUUUGCAGGGCCUCUGCAGUACAGAGUGUGGAAAUCCAUGAAAGGAAGCAUUUAUCCAGUCCCCGCAGCCAUCACCUUUAACUCCAGCACAGCCAACCCCUGGCUAAGCCUCACCUCCUCCCUCACCUGUGUCCGCUACCAAACCUUCAACCACACCGUGCAGGACAACCCCUACAGGUUCAACGCCGCCCUGUCCCUGCUCGGAAGCCAGGGCUUCACCCACGGACGCCACUACUGGGAGAUCGAAGUCUACAGCAGCACCGUGUGGACCGUUGGCGUGGCCCGGGAGUCUGUGCCCAGAAAGGGUGUCAUCAAAGCUCUCCCUGCAAACGGCUUCUGGACUCUCUCCCUCUCUUAUGGGAUACAGUACAUGGCUGGAACCUCUCCCCCGACUGUCCUGUCCCUGGAGGAGCCUCUGGCCCGGAUCGGGGUGUACCUGGACUACAAGAGGGGCCUAGUGUCCUUCUACAACGCAGAGUGCAUGACUCACUUGUACACUUUCAGGGAGACCUUCACUGAGACACUGUACCCGUACUUCAACCUGGGCUUUCUGGACAAAGUGCACGAGAACGAGCCACUCAAAGUUUUCUUACCAAAGAUUUAAAAAACUGGGACAGAAAUAAAGUUAAAAUGUCAAAAAAAACAAAAAAAACAAUGAAAAAAUAGCAAAAAUUUUGUAAAACACAUGUGCAAUGUACGUUAUCAGAACUUUGGGUAGCAACAGAAAAGGGCAUCAACUCACGUACAGUGUGCAGGUUACGUUAGUCUUCGUCCUCUACUUUGUUGGCAUUGUAGAAUAUCUUAGCAUAACCUGUUGCUCAGAGAAACAUAGUGAAGUGUAUAUUUCUUCAAACAGGAGCUGCAUCUCAUAAAUAAAAGCUCCACAGGAAACUUGAGGUCAGACACUCAGCAUGGGAACUUUAAUUUACAUUUUUACAGCACUUAUUAGGCUGGAUCUUAUACUGCAGAUUUUAUUUCUGAGAAGCUGGGCUUCAAUGAAGAAACUGAAACUGUCUAAUUGACUUGUGCAGUAUGCUAUAAUUGUUGUUUUUUACAAUUCAAUCAUCUUUCUUCUGCAUUUUAAACUUUUAUAAAUCUGUUUCUCUAUAAAAAUGUGCAUUAUGUUCAUGCUAAUGAAUUUAUGGUAUCAAAUCAUACUUUUGUAUUGUUGGGGACCUUGGGAGAUGCAGGGAAAUAAGAAUCAGGAGGAUUCUUAUGUGAACUAAAGUGAAUUAUAUUUGACUUGAGGUGCUAGAUGCCUUUAACAUAACCAGUUUAACUGAUUCAAGUUAUGAAGUGACCAGUAUAAUGCAGGAUUAUACGGGUAACAUUUUAAUAAAAGCUUUUCUUUAAACAUU